AUGUCGCGCUUUGAAAUUUACUCGCCUGAAGGUUUGAGAGUAGAUGGAAGGAGAUGGAAUGAAAUCCGCAGGUUUGAGUGCAGGAUAAACUCGCAUCCUACUUCUUCGGAUGGAUCAUCAUAUGUUGAGCAGGGCAAUACCAAAGUUCUUUGUCUAGUUCAAGGACCAAUGGAACCUGCAUUGCGUUCGCAAUCAUCCACAGCUCAAGGUUCGCUGAUAGUUAACGUCUCGGUGACACCGUUUGCCACAGUGGAGAGAAACAAAAGGCCCAGAAACGACCGCCGUAUUCAAGAGCUAUCUGCUACUCUGACCAGAACGUUUAAUAAGGCUAUAGUGCUGAAAAACUAUCCCAGAAGUUUGAUACAGGUGAAUUUGCAGGUACUAGCACUGGAUGGUGGACUUCUGGCGGCUUGCACGAAUGCUACAACGCUGGCUCUUAUGGACGCCGGUAUCAGCAUGUAUGACUAUAUCUCUAGUGUGACUGCUGGAAUAUUCGAUGGCCAGACCCCAUUGUUGGAUCUGAAUACUAUAGAAGAGAACGAGCUGGGAUUUCUCACGGUUGGUGUAAUUGGUGAGAGCGAGAAGCUAGCCUUAUUGCUAAUGGAGGACAGGGUUGGCAUGGAUUCUUUGGAGAAAGUGCUAGCUAUAGCUAUAGCUGGCAGUCAUAGAAUACGGGAGUUGAUGGAUAUACAGGUCCGAAACUAUGGAAAACAUAAAGUCGCAAAGCUGGCGAAUCAGUGA